UACAACGUAUUCUUGCCAAAAAAUCUGAGCCUUAGAUGUAAUCGGUUCCGCUGAUGCCGCCAUUUCAAAUCGAAAUACAGGGACAGGGUAUAGAUAAUAUUUUUUUUAUUUGCAAAUCUUUUUAUAUUUUCUUUUUAUUUAAAGUAAGUAUCUAUAUUUAGUUGUAUUUCUGGACCUCAAUAGUCUUCUAAGAUUUGAACAACCACUGCACCUAUCUGUUUCGUUAUAACUGCGAUUCAGACAACCUUAUCGAAGGAACGAUUAUAGACAUGAGAAAGAUGGAUGCAGAUACAGAGCAGGUGACGGACAACACAGAAACUUCCCAAAAUGCAUCUGAGGAGCCCAUAUCAGAAAACAAAUCCAGGGGUCGUGGUGGGUUCAAAGGGCGUGGCCAGGGGUUCCGGAUUGGCCGAGGAGGCAUGCAUGGUGGACGGGGCCUGAUGAUGAAAGGAUUUGGCCCACCCGAACGAGGCAGGGGGGAUAGAGGACGGGGUGGGGACAUGAAUGGGUUUGGACCCAUUAGGAGAGGGAUGGGGAGGAUGCGGCCGUACCCAGACAUGAGGGGCAGGAGAGGAGGGAGGGUCGCUCUGAUGGGGAGGGCCGGGCCUAUGGGGAGGGGCGGUCCGAUGGGGAGGGGCGGUCUGAUGGGGAGGGGUGGUCCGAUGGGAAGGGGCGGUCCUAUAGGGAGAGGCGGACCUAUAGGGAGAGGCAGACCUAUGGGCAUGGGUCCUCCUCCACCCCCACCCAUGCACCUGAGAGGCCCCUACUCACCAAUGCACAGACACGGCCCCCCUCCGCCUCCCCCCCUGGGCCACCCUGGUUUUAGAGGGCACCCCCCACACCCCAGAGGAAGAGGCAUGUCCCCCGGACCCCCACACCACUUCCACCCCAGGGGCCCCAGAGGCUACCACAAUGGACCAGCUUCUCCUCCUCAUCAUCCCCCACCUGGCAGAGGCCAGAGGUGGCCAGGGCCCCCUGGUGGCCGACGGUUUUAACGCAGCCUGCCCAAAAAUAAUACAGUAACAGAGAGCUUUACAGUAUAUAGCAGUGAGCCUACUGGGCUGGGGUGGCUAAACUGAGCUAAGAGCACCUUAAUAUGUGUCAUAAAAAGAAGACCCCUUUUUAAACAUCCUUAUGGAACACCCUGUAGCCAAAUAUCUGGAUAUUGAUAUUGUAUACCAGAGGAGAAGAUGUGAAUCAACAAGUGGACACUUAAAUGCCUCAGACCUUAACAGUACAAAAAGGCAUUCUCACUUUCAUUGUAACUUUGGUUAUUAGAAAAAAAUGUGCUCUUGGUAUUAGGACAAAGUUGUAUAGUAUUGAGAGAAUAAAAAUAUGAUUUAAAAAAAAAAAGAGUCCCAAAGGGAUGAUAAAUGUUGAUAUUCAAAUCCCUUAGAUGUCAUGUGGUCUUGUGGUGGUCACUCUGUGAACCUUAAGGAAUAUCUGACCCUAAUAAAAAGAGAAAUUACACAUUGUGUGUGAGUGAGAAAGAAAAGAAGGAGAGAAAGAAAGAAAGAAAGAAAGAAGGAGAGAAAGAAAGAAAGAAAGAAAGAAAGAAAGAAAGAAAGAAAGAAAGAAAGAAAGAAAGAAAAAAGAAAGCAAUGUGCAACAGCCCUCAAGCACCAGUUACUAGCACUAGUUUCUUACACCUUGGACCUCCCUAACUUUCCCUUUUGUUACAUGGAUAUACUUUUGUAUUACAACUUCACCAAGCAGUACACAACUACAGCAAAAGCUGUUUAGACUCACGUACACAUUCUUAAGUGAAAAGACAAUAUUUUUCAUGUCAAGUAUUCAUGAUUAUUUUACGUGACAUUUUUAUAUGAUUCAUGUGCAGCUAUUUUAAGUUAAUGCAUAUUGCUAUUUGGAACAAUUCAUGUUUGUGUUCAGCAAUCUAUAUUGUGGAAUGACUAAAGAACUUAAAUUAAUAUUAUAUUGAAAUAAUAUAAUAAAUAUAUAGUAUAUAUACUAGCAGCAUUUACAGUAUAUUUGAAAGCAAAUUACGAAACAAGUAAUUGCUUCAGUUUAGUCUAAGAUACUUACUAUUCAGUGUGUUAAGUUUUGAAGUGUUAUCAUACGUUAUACUUACUGUAACUGACAUAACUUUGUGGAUUUGUGGAUGUACUUUUGGAAAACAGUAACAACUAUGACGUAGUCGUGAAGGACAAAAAUAAAAGUAAAACUUAACUGAA